UUAGAGAAUAUCUUUUCCCGUAGCCCAUAGCUUAUUGAAGCUCCUGCUUGCUUUCCUUUGCUUCAGCAGAGCGACACAAACGAAGAAGAAAAGAAAUAUAAUAAAAUAAUUUCAAAAUUAUUUAUAUAAAUAUGGCGUUUGGCGCCAAAAAGGUGGGCCAUGUGGUCUCUGGUAUUGGUGGCAACGGAAUGGGCCAGAUUUUGGCCGCCAUGGCCGCCGCACUCUUGAUUCGCUUGUUCUCCGGGCCUGGCCCAGCUAGCUUGCCGGAAGAUGAAACCUGUGAAGAAAACGACUCCGUCAACGGAGAUGAUGCUCCGCCAUCAGCUGGCAAAGUUCUUCCGGUCACCAUAACGUGGAGGAACAUCACAUGUUCCCUCUCCGAUAAACACUCAAAAUCAGUUCGCUUUCUGCUUAAAGAUGUGAGUGGAGAGGCAAAACCUGGAAGAUUACUCGCCGUAAUGGGGCCAUCAGGAUCAGGAAAAACCACUCUGUUAAACGUUCUGGCGAGUCAGAUUUUGGCAUCACCGCGGUUGGCGUUGUCAGGUCUUUUGGAGUUAAAUGGGAAGCCCAGUUCAACUAAAGCUUACAAAUUUGCUUAUGUCCGACAGGAGGAUCUUUUCUUCUCCCAGUUGACAGUUCGAGAAACAUUAUCUCUUGCUGCAGAACUUCAGCUUCCAGAGAUAUCUUCCAUAGAAGAGAGAGAUGAAUAUGUGAACAAUCUCUUAUUUAAGCUAGGCUUGGUCAGCUGUGCCGAUUCAAUUAUUGGUGAUGCCAAAGUUCGUGGGAUCAGUGGUGGUGAAAAGAAACGCUUAUCAUUAGGUUGUGAACUGAUUGCAAGUCCAUCUGUCAUAUUUGCUGAUGAACCCACAACUGGACUUGAUGCUUUCCAAGCUGAGAAAGUAAUGGAAACUCUCCGCCUGCUUGCACAAGAUGGUCAUACUGUAAUUUGCUCAAUACAUCAGCCUAGAGGUUCGGUAUAUGGUAAAUUUGAUGACAUUGUGUUGCUAACAGAGGGCACACUUGUUUAUGCUGGCCCAGCACGUGAUCAGCCGCUGGAAUACUUCUCCAGAUUUGGGUACCAGUGUCCAGAUCAUGUAAAUCCUGCUGAAUUUUUGGCUGAUCUUAUAUCCAUUGACUACAGUUCUUCUGACAGUGUCUACUCUUCUAAGAAAAGAAUUGAUGCUCUCGUUGAAGCAUUCUCAACACAGUCGUCAGCAGUUCUUUAUGCCACUCCUCUUACUGGAAAGACUGGUCCUAAGCAGGGCAUGAAGUUUGGCAAGAAAAUCGCUGCUAAGAGGAAAGGGGGAUGGUGGAGACAAUUCUGGUUGCUUCUAAAACGUGCAUGGAUGCAAGCUUCUCGUGAUGGACCAACAAAUAAAGUUAGAACUAGAAUGUCAAUUGCAUCAGCUAUAAUAUUUGGAUCUGUUUUCUGGAGAAUGGGAAGAUCUCAAACGUCCAUACUAGACAGAAUGGGUUUGCUUCAGGUUACUGCAAUAAACACAGCAAUGGCAGCUCUCACAAAGACUGUGGGUGUAUUUCCCAAGGAACGUGCAAUUGUAGACAGGGAACGUGCUAAGGGAUCUUAUGCAUUGGGACCCUAUCUUCUUUCCAAAUUGAUAGCUGAGAUACCUGUGGGAGCAGCAUUUCCUCUAAUGUUUGGUGCUGUGCUCUAUCCCAUGGCUCGCCUUCAUCCAACCUUUUCCAGAUUUGGAAAGUUCUGUGGAAUUGUGACUGUGGAGUCUUUUGCUGCAUCUGCAAUGGGUCUGACAGUAGGGUCCAUGGUCCCAACCACUGAGGCAGCAAUGGCCUUGGGACCCUCUCUUAUGACAGUCUUCAUCGUGUUUGGAGGGUAUUAUGUAACUGCAGAUAAUACACCAAUCAUCUUCCGUUGGAUUCCCCGUGCUUCUCUAAUAAGAUGGGCUUUUCAAGGGCUUUGCAUCAAUGAAUUUACUGGUCUUAAAUUUGAUUGUCAGAAUUCCUUUGACAUUCAGACAGGAGAACAGGCACUCUAUCGGUACUCCUUGGGAGGAACAUGUAUCAGAGAUACAGUUAUAGCGCAAAGUAGAAUUUUGUUGUUUUGGUAUAGUACCACUUACCUUCUCCUCGAAAAAAACAAACCCAAAUACCUGCAGCUAAAGGCGCCUGCAUCUGAGCAGAUUGAACCAAAGCUAAAGCUUGAACCUUUAUUAGAAACCGACCAACCUCUCCCACUCAAACAAGUUGAACAAAAUCAGCAAGUUGAAUCAACUCCAGUAGACCAAACUGAACCAUUCAUCCUAGAAGGUGCUAAGUAAAGGAGAUAUCUUUGCAAUAAAGGAGGGUCUCAUGCAUUUUCGAGCUACAUUUACAUCAAUGGUAUACUUUCCCAUGUAAAAUAGCUCGUCUGUAAUGGAUCUUUAUGACGUCCAUAUGAACCAUAUCUGUGCUACACUUAACAGAUAUCUUCUGUCAUCUCUUGUCUAAAGAGUAGCUAAAACCAAGAAAAUGUAGUUUUCGUAAUGCAUGAUGCUAUGUUGAAACUAUCCUGGAAUCAUGAAACUUUUAGGUAAUAUAUCAUGUUCGAAUCUCUACCUUUUAGGA